UGAAACCUUCGAACUCUCCUUCCAACGUCGCUUGCUUUUUAUAACGCAGCGAUGAACAAGGAACAAACACUUCCUCCACCGCAUCCGCGAUGGGAUACGCCUCUCCUCUUGCUUUCUUCUUCUCCUCUGCCGUUCUCUUCCUCGCUUCCUUCCCCGGCCUCGUCCCUAUCGGCAUCGCCCAGCCCGACUUCUACGACCCCAAACGUGUCACCCAGAUCUCUUGGCGUCCCAGGAUCUUCCUGUACAAGGGGUUUCUUUCUGACGAGGAAUGUGAUCACAUCAUCAAAUUGGCGAGGAGCAAGAUGGCGAGAUCGAUGGUGGCGGACAACGGCUCCGGCAACAGCGUCAAGAGCAACGUGCGGACGAGCUCCGGCAUGUUCCUCCAGAAGCACCAGGAUGAGGUAAUCGCAAGAAUCGAGAGCAGAAUUGCGGCAUGGACCUUUCUUCCAGAGGAGAACGGUGAAUCCAUUCAAGUACUGCGCUACCAGGAUGGUCAAAAGUAUGAACCUCAUUAUGACUAUUUUCGUGAUCCAAAGAAUCAAGCACGAGGAGGACAUCGAUAUGCUACAGUGCUAAUGUAUCUUUCUACUGUGAAAAAGGGUGGGGAGACUGUUUUUCCAAAUGCAGAGGUGAAGAAACUUAAGCUUGCAAUUUUUGUUUUAUUUUAUUUUCUACAUCGUAGUUAUAUGCGACUGUUUCAGGGUGCUUCAUCUCAGCAUAAAGAUGAAACCUGGUCCGAGUGUGCAAGAAAUGGCCUUGCAGUGAAACCUCACAAGGGUGAUGCUGUACUCUUCUUCAGUCUUCACAUCGAUGGCACAACAGAUCCAGCCAGUUUACAUGGAAGCUGCCCUGUCAUAGAAGGCGAGAAGUGGUCAGCACCAAAAUGGAUCCAUGUCAGGUCCUUUGAGGAUCCACAGAGGACAAGCACAAGAGGGGAUUGCUCGGAUGCAAGCGAGUUUUGUCCUCGAUGGGCUGCUGCAGGAGAGUGCGAAAAGAAUCCCCUCUACAUGAUCGGAAACAAUGAGACUGCUGGGAAUUGUCGCAAGAGUUGUAUGGUAUGUGACAUGUAGGCCAUUCGUCCAUUAUAGUGGCUUAUUCUCGAUCUAUCCUUAGUCAGUGAGGUGCACAUAGAAUUUGAGCGUUGUGAUAGCAGAUUAGUAAGUCUUUUUGUUUGCAAGAGAGAUGAGAGGAGAAUGAUAUUUCAAACAAAUUA